AUGUCUCUGAAAGCACUGCCUUGCCAUGCUUUACAGUUUCCCAACAAAAUAGCAUUCGCAAACGAAAUGCCAAUUGUACCACGACAAGAAAGAAACAGUUCAAGCGAAUCGAGCGACGAGUCAUCGUCAUCAUCAUCCGAUGACGACAUACCAUCAACGACAUACGGGGGAGCUGGAACAAAUGAAUUAACUCUAUAUGAUGACGAAGAUACAAUUGAUAUUCCUUCUACAGUGCCCAGAGAUUUCGAAGAAGCUGGAGAAUCUGACGAUGAUGAUGAUGACGACGAUCGAACGAACGUGUCAAGAGCAGUGAAAUCUUCGGUAUCGGAACUCACUGAUGAUGAAGAUAAGAAACAACCAUCGGGAAGAAAAAAACGUAAAAGAGUAUAUUUUAUUUGUUUAUCUAUGUGUAAAUACGACUGCGUUCGACGAGCAUCGAAGCUAUUGAAUUUUCGUGAAGUAGACGAUGAAGAUGACUGGAAUAUAUUUUGGACAGACGCAAGUGUUGGAAUCGAGAGAGUAUCACAAAUGAAAAAAUGGCAGAAAAUCAACCAUUUUCCUGGUAUGAGUGAAAUUUGCCGGAAAGAUUUCUUAACAAGGAAUAUGUCGCGUAUGCAAAAAUUCUUUUCGAAAGAAUAUUCAUUCUAUCCAAAAGCAUGGUGCCUUCCAGCUGAUUAUAGCGAUUUUGCAAAAUAUUUUACUGAGAAAAAACAUCGAACUUAUAUUUCAAAACCGGAUGUCGGUUGUCAAGGUCGAGGGAUAUUUCUGACGAAAAAUCCCUCGAGAGAUAUUAAACCGAGUGAUAAUUUUGUUGUGCAAGUGUAUGUAAACCGACCAUUCUUAAUCGAUGGUUUCAAAUUCGAUUUACGCGUAUAUGUUGCGGUCACAUCUUGUGAUCCAUUUCGAAUCUUUGUCUAUAAGGAUGGCUUAGCUCGUUUUACUACGCAUAGUUAUCAAGAACCAUCGAAUUCGAACUGUAGAGAUAUUUUCAUGCAUUUAACGAAUUACGCCAUUCAAAAACGUUCAGAUGAUUUCGUGCGAGAUGAAGAUACCGGUACUAAACGACGAAUAACCACGAUUAAUCGUUGGUUAGUUGAUCAUGGCUACGAUACAGGCAAACUUUGGGCAGAUAUCGAUGAUAUCAUUAUUAAAACACUCAUCUCUGCACACUCAGUUCUGAAACAUAACUAUCGUGCUUGUUUUGCACAUCAUUAUCGUGGUAGUGCUUGCUUCGAAAUCCUCGGCUUUGAUAUACUCAUCGAUCGAAAAUUGAAACCCCACGUUCUUGAAGUCAAUCAUUCUCCGAGUUUUACGACGGAUUCGAAACUGGAUCGGGAAAUAAAAGAUGCUUUGAUCUACGAUACUAUACUUUUAUUGAACAUGCCGGCUGCAGAUAAGAGACGAUUUAUCGAGGAAGAAAAGCGUCGUGUUCGGGAACGGCUUUUUCAAAAAAGCAAUAAAAAGGAUAGCAAAUUUCGCGAAGAACAAGAAGAUCUUGCUCAACAAUGGCAGAAAGAAAUUGAAAAAUGGGAAGACGAACAUAUGGGAAACUAUCGACGGAUUUAUCCAAUACCAGAAGUCACCGAAAUUUAUGACAAAUACUUUCUUCAGGCGGGUACACUCUACUCGGAAACGGCUGCAUCGAAAGCAAGAAGUGAAUUAGCUAAAGCACAAAUUGAUGAGUUACAGAAGAAACAAGAAAAGAUGAAUUUUUUCAAGAAUAAUAAGCCAGGAGUGAGCACAAGUGUUAAUAAUAGUAAAGAAGUGUAUGGAGAAAGUCCAGGCAAACGUUCGUUACCAAUCGUGAAAUCUUCGAGAAGUCCAUCGUUCAAUCGAAUACAAUUAAAACGUUUGACUGUGAAUAUGGGUGCAUCAGUUCAACCGAGUCAGUUCGAUAUUGAUACGACACAACCUGUGGACAUUGAUGAAACAGAAGAAAUGGAACGAUUACUAUUAUUAAGACAUCGAGAGACGUUAAUUCGAGGAAUGGGUAUCGUUGAUUUAUGUCAUCGAAUGUUGAGCAACUCAAAUGGUGUCAUGCCAAACUUUCCACCAUCUCUCGAUAUUCUGCCGAACCCAUCAACACAACGCAACACUGUGCAACAAUUGGACGCGGCUGAUUCAACGCAAAAUAUACCACUUGUUCAAUAUCCCGGCCCAAAACAAUCCGCCACACAGACAAAUCGGCAUUAUUCUACGAAUCUCGUAGGUAGUCAAGUAUUUCAACAUUAUUUUCCAUCUCAACUGCCGAAAUACGAACCUCGACCGGUACGUAAUGCACACAUCUUCGAUGACAAAAUGCUCUCAUCUCAAAAUGGAGCACGGUACAAUCGUUACCAACAAGCCCUACGUACAUCAGAAACCAAUCCUCGAACGAGUCGUUCAAAUUUUCAGGCCAUCGCCGUACCACAAAUCUCCGCAAAUCCAUCCAUGAAAGCACCUAUCGCUACUACAAAUCUAUCAUUUGAUCCAUCAAUACGAACAAAAAGUGCAGCGACCAUCUUGCGUCAACGUUCAGGUCUGUUGAGUUAA